UACCGAAAAACAGUUUUCUGGGGAAGAGACUUCCUGAAAAAGACUCCCAAUCCAUGACCAUUAACUUCCCUUGUGCUAAAUUCAUCUCAAAUUUCCAAUCAGAACUGUACUCGAUUUUGUGAACAGAGACGAUGGAAAAAGAGAAAUUAGAUGAAUUGAAGAUCCAAUUGCAGCAAUUAUUUAGCAAAGCGCAAGAAUUUGUUCAAGAAAUCCCGCCGGGGCAGCUAUACACGGCGACUGGGAUCGUUCUAUUCACCGCUUUUCUAUUUACAGUCAUAUAUCGUUUAAAGCAUAGAUCAGCAAACACCAUUUUAUUAACUGGCCUUAGUGGAAGUGGGAAAACUGUUCUCUUUUACCAACUUCGUGAUGGCUUCUCUCACCGAGACUCUGUAACAUCAACGAAACCAAAUGAAGGACGUUUUUUACUGCACUCCGAGGCUAAUAAGUUGCAGAAGGGCAGAAUUCACGUAGUUGAUGUUCCUGGUCAUUCGCGGCUUGUUGCUAAACUGGAUGAGUUCUUGUCUCAAGCAGCUGGCAUAAUUUUUGUGGUGGAUUCUGUGGAGUUUCUACCACAUCUUCGUGUUGCUUCUGAGUACCUGUACGAUAUUCUGACCAAUGCGAGCGUAGUGAAAGGAAAGACUCCAUUACUACUCCUGUGCAACAAGAUGGACAAAAUUACUGCACAUUCAACGGAUUUUAUCCGACGACAGCUGGAGAAGGAAAUCAACAAACUUCGUGCUUCAAGGACAGCGCUGUCUUCAGCAGAUACGAGUAAUGAGUAUACGCUGGGUGUAGUAGGAGAAGCUUUUGCAUUUUCUCAGUGCCAAAACAAAGUUACAACUGCAGAAGCAUCUGCCUUAACAGGCGAUAUCUAUCAUCUAGAGCAGUUUAUCAGAGAAUGCGUAAAGCCUUAACAUGAUGUGUGGGAGCCGUGAAUACAACUUCAAAGAGGCCGAUUGAUGAUAUCUUGUAUUUUCGAAACUGUAGAAUUACCAACAGCAAUGUUUUAUUGAUGUCUCAUUUUUUGAUUACUGCAAGAUUAUGGAUUCAUUGGUUGUCUGUA